UGUGAAACAGAGAGACAAGCAAACACACUCUCAGAACCUGCAGCAGCUCCAAAUUCCAGCCUCCUGGGCUCCACGCCAGACCAACGGACCAUGAGAGUCACACUCGCUGUGACAGCCUGGGUGGUUUCCGUAGUCUCCAGUUAUUCACAUUCAGCAAGUCGUUUGCCAGACAUCGACAAUGAAGGUUUCAUCAAAGACUGUGUUCACAUUCAUAACAAGUUUCGAUCAGAGGUGAAGCCAAGAGCCAGUGAUAUGCUCUACAUGACUUGGGACCCAGCACUAGCCCAGGUUGCAAAAGCAUGGGCAAGAAAUUGUAAGUUUUCACAUAAUGAAAAGCUGAAGAUACCCUAUAGGCUGCACUCAAAUUUCACUUCACUGGGAGAAAACAUCUGGACUGGGACUGUCUCCAUCUUUUCUGUGUCUUCAGCCAUCACCAGCUGGUACAAUGAAAUUCAAUACUAUGACUUCCCAACUCAGAAAUGCAGCAAGGUCUGUGGCCACUACACUCAGGUUAUUUGGGCAGAUAGUUACAAAGUUGGCUGUGCAGUGCAACAUUGUCCUAAAGUUUCUGGCCUUGAUUUCUCCAACGUAGCACAUUUUGUAUGCAACUACGGACCAGCAGGAAAUUACCCAACUUGGCCAUAUAAAAAAGGAUAUAUUUGCAGUGCUUGCUCCAAGAAAGACAACUGUGUGGACAAUAUGUGCACUAACCCACAGAGAGACAAAACCACACGUUUCUACUCUGUUGUGUAUCCAGACUGGCUGAUAUAUUCACGUAAUAGGCACUUAUCUCUCUUUCUUAUUGUCAGCCCGCCAAUACUCAUACUGAGUGCUAUUAUUACCAUUUUGGUCAGGCACAAAUGGCCUCAUUUAAGUCUUUUGGGCUAAUACAGUUAAGAAGAAAAGUUUACAAACUCAUUUACAGAUGACUUUUUAAAAAUGAAAAUUGGGUAUAUUUCUAAUUUUAAUAUAUUCCAGGGGAAAAAAAAAAAACCCCAUUACUGCUCUUGCUGGUGUGGCUCAAUGGACUGAGCACCGGCCUGCGAACCAAAGGGUUGACAGUUCGAUUCCCAGUCUAAGGCAUACACCUGGGGUGCGGACCAGGUCCCCAGUAAAGGGCACGUGAGAGGUAACCACACACUGAUGUUUCUCUCCCCCUUUCUCCUUCCCUUCCCCUCUGUCUAAAAAUAAAUAAAAACUUUAAAACAAAACAAAACACAUUGCCACAGUAAAGCCAUAAUUAAAAGGAGAAAUUGUUCAACAUCCUAACUCUA